AUGUCAAGAUGUGACGUGGUGCUGGACGAUGGGGGAGCCGGAAUACCUGGAACGCUCGGCAUCAUCGAGGUUGGCUGGAGCGCAGGGGCAAGCCUCAAUCAGGAGUUCCCGUGGAGCGCAGAUGCAGCUGUGAUGAUUACAGGCGAAUGGAUACCCAAGUGUUCUGCAUCUCAUGUCGUCGAGGGUGAGUAUGCAUUGUUUUCGACUCCAGAGGUUCGACCCAUGAUAGGGUAUGUGUAG